AUGGCGCCGCAGGAUUCAUUCUUGGACGAAGAGGAAGAUGUCUGCCCCCUCUGCAUCGAGGAGUUCGACUUGUCGGACAAGAACUUCCGACCAUGCCCAUGUGGCUAUCAGGUCUGUCAGUUCUGCUUCAACAAUAUCAAGAGCAACAUGAACGGGUUAUGCCCGGCGUGUCGAAGACCUUAUGACGAGAAGACGAUCGAGUGGAAAGUUGUUACACAAGAAGAAGUCGCCCAAUUCCGCGCCAAUAUUCAAAAGAACCAAAAGAAACGGGUGCAAGAACAACGGCAAAAAGAAGUUCAGAAGCGCGAGGCCGAGAAGGAGAAUCGCAAGAACCUGGUCGGUGUACGAGUCGUACAAAAGAAUUUGGUCUACAUCACCGGCUUGGCACCAACUGUACGCGAGGACGAACUACUUAAGACGCUACGAAAGCCCGAAUUUUUCGGCCAAUACGGGAAUAUCCAAAAGAUCUCGAUUAGCAAUCGCAAAAGCCCCGACGGCCAGCAUCAUUCACUCGGCAUAUAUGUCACCUUUGAAACUCCGGACGAGGCUAUGCGUUGCAUCCAAGCCGUUCACGGCUCUCAUAACGGCGACCGGGUUUUGAAGGCGCAGCACGGUACGACUAAAUACUGUUCCGCCUGGCUGAAGAACGAAAAGUGCAACAACCCGGGCUGUAUGUUUUUGCAUGAGCAGGGAGACGAAGAGGAUAGCUAUACGAGACAGGAUCUGUCCUCCAUGAACAGCAUCCACACCCAGCGUCCUCUACCUGGCGGUGGUAACUCUUCUCGAGCCGCCUCGCGACAAGUUUCCCAUCCGACACCGCCACCUAUGCCUGUGCCUGUCUCCGCCCCGGCACCUGUUGCACAGCCCAUGGCUAGGUCGCUGAGCAAAGAAGAGUCGGAGACUGGUGACUCGUCUGCCCUUCCUUCGUCCGCGAACUGGGCCAGACUGCCGGUGCGCAGUCGUAGGGGAUCUUAUGCCACGAGCGGUGCUGCUUCUAGCCCUGCUGCCUCAACGUCGGUUCCCGUUGCCGUGGAGAAGCCAGAGCGUGUGGAAGUCCCGGAACUUUCCACCUCGAAAGCGACAUCCUCGAAACCAAAACCUGCAACGGCAGAGACUUCUCCGCGAAACCCGCCUCCUACUGCUCAAGCUGCUACGCCGCCUAGUGCAAUCAAAGCACUUCUUGACAUUCUUAACACGUGCACACUACCUAAUUUUAUAACACAGACUGGCGAAGACACCGGUCCUCCCAUGUUCGACAUCCGCGGGGGUGAGAAGCGAAAGGCCAUGCGGGAAGACAAAGACUCGCGCACCGAAAAUGAGGACCAGCUUGAAGUCUUGGAAGGCUCAGAAGAUGGUGUUGAAGGUGGCGGCAGUCAUGCCCUUGGUGGUGAGCCCGAAGGGAGAGACCGGGACGGCCACGGAUUUGACCAACGACGCAUUACUCCAAUCCAAAGAGGCUCGGCCGACGGCAUGUUUAGCCCGACGCUCGGUGGCUCAGCUUUUGGCGUGGCAACUGCAACCGCCACACCCAGAUCCAUGACACCUCAGCAGAUUGGUCUCCGUUCUCAGGCUUCCUACACCGACCAGUAUCCUCCCGGUAUUGGUGGGCCAAGCAACUCAUCUCAAGGCCAGGGACAGGGCCAUAACCGCCAGUCAUCCCGAUUCAACUUCGCCAACGAUAGCGGCGCAUCGACCACGAACGUCAAGCUAGCUGCCAACCCGCGCAUCAUGGCACAGCAGUCUUCUAUGAUGCCCGGCUCCUUCCAGUCACAGGGCAGCCAGUUCUACGCCUCAUCGAUGCCUGGCCCCCCCCCUGGCCUCAAGUCUACCGGAACGCCACCAAGCAUGUUUGCUCAAGGAUUCGGCUCUUCGGGCUACAAUGUCCCCAAGGAUUCUUCAAACGACCUUCUUCAAAGCCUUAUUGGACGAAACCGUGGAAAUAACCAAAGCCACGAAUCAGGAAAGCUAGAUCUUGCGGACCCGAGCAUUCUCCAAGCUAGAAUGCAGCACCAAACGCAGAGCAAUGUCGGAGCCGGACAGGGGCUGUUUAACAGCCAGAAUCAAGACGACGAUUUGCCUUCUUUGGCGGAUGCAAUAAGCUCAGUCGAUGCUCUUGUUGCGGACGACAUAAACGACAUAGAGGACCUGGCUACGUCACUCGAUGGAUACAUUACAGCAACGCAUUCACACGGGCACCCCGAACCCAUCUACAACCCUGUGUCUGAUGGAGGAAGCAUCGCACCUCAUGGUCAUCCUUCUCCGGAACCAAGCGUGAGGCGACCACCUCCAGGAUUGGAGCCAAGACCACCAGUCGUCUCCAAAGAGCCUCCGUCAACACCUGUUCCAGCUCCGAUUGCUAAACCUGCCUUGAUGCACAAGCUGCCAACUCUGGCUGACGAAGAAUUCCCUGCUCUCGGUUCACCCAAGGUUACGAAGGGCGCCUCUAGUGUUCCUGCCGCUCCGAAACUGGCAAUCCCCAAUACUGCUAUUCAAGGGAAGCAUGCUGCGGGCAAGAAACCAGAAACCAUCGGUAGCCCACAUGACAGCCGUCGCGGCUCCUUGAAUGACAGUGAGCCAGCAGAGACUGCCAAGGCCGUCGCGGUGACACCCAGAACAGGACCAAAAUCUAUACGGGUCAUGACGCCAGCCAAAAUGGAGUCGCCUUCCAUCAUGUCGCCUAUCGCAUCGCGUAUCAUGUCCCUCGUUCAGCGGCCUGAGACACCUGCGAGCGAGACUGUUAGCGAUAGUGCGUCCAUUGUCUCGGCUUCCGUCUCAGCUUCCCGCGCUGGCUCGCCUCCACCCAGCCGAAUUGGCAGUGCGGCGAUCCGUCAGACCACAAAGAGCCAGCAACGCAAGCAGCGCAAGGAUGCCCUGAAGCAAGACACGAAGGCCAUUGCCGAGGCGGCUGCAGCUGACGAGGCUGUUCACGCGCCUGUUCUUGGUCGCAAGAAGAAGCAGAAGAAAGAGAAGCCUGUUAAAGAGAAGCCUGUCAAGGAAAAGCAUGCCUCAGCGCCUGCGCCAGAAUCCGAAGUCUCUCAGAAGAGAGAGCCUAGAAGCACGGAGCCGGAAGUAGAGCCUGCCGAGAACAAGUCGCCCGUGAAGAGCAAGUCUGGGAAAGUUCUAGAGCAGACUGUGCUUGUGCCACCGCGACCGCAGCCUCCAUCACCGACAGCACAAGAUUCGGCUCCCGAGGAUGAUGAGCCUAUCGCACCUCCUCAGGGUCCUUCGGUCGUAUUUGAGGAUAUUUUUAGGAAUCUCACUACUGCCAUUGAGCAACUCAGCCUCCUCAAACCAGUUGCCCCGCUGAGUUCCAUUGCUACUGGAAAGCAAAGCGCUGGCAGCAAGCCUGGCGCCUGCAAGGACAGCGGAUGCAAGUGCGGCGAAAUUCAGCCUGAGGACCUCGCGGUUCUCGAGUCUGGCAAGCCAGUCCGCAAGCAGUGCCGCGUGGACGGCAGCCGCAUGCUCAUCAGCCGCUAUGGUGACUGCGUCCGCAGACUGGCAGAGGACGAGGAGGAUAAAUUUUUGCAGCUGCAAGACGCGGUUGCGCAAACGGGCGACUCGGCGGGUUCUUUCACAGCGCCUCGACACCAGAAGAGCUCUGGCGCGUUUUCGAUUGUCAAGGGCCGCGCCGUCCCCAACGGGCGACCCAACAUCUUUCCCGUUGCCGCCAGGCCCGAGUCGCAGGACCCUUUUGGCAAGCUGCAACGCGACGAGGCCUUGAGCUACAUCAACCAGUACGUGCUGCCACGCCUCAACCUGGGCGCCAGCGGUAAGGCCGCUGCCGCCGCGUCGGGCAGCCUAGCCCCCCUGCGCGAUGCAGCCGCCGCCAGUCUCAAUCAGCUCGCGCCGUACUUUUACGGACCGGAGGCGGCUGCCGGUGUCGGCAUCUACAGCGCCGUCGACAGCGGCAGCGCGCGGCCCGUGCACGACUUUGGCGCGCCCCCGGGCCUGACGCUCGGCGGCAACGUCGACAUGGUCAAGAACGGCGGCGGCGGCGGUGGCGCCAGCAGCACCCAGCGCGGCGUGGGCACCAUGGCGCUGAUGAGCGUCGAGGAGGCCGAGGCCGCGCUGGCGGCGACGCGCAAGGACACGGACAAGCUGGAGAAGGGGCUGAAUGCGGUGAUUAAGAGAAACAAAAGACUUCUACUUGGCGAUUAG